GACUCGUAUGCGACACAUGCGUGUGUGCCGUAAUGCCUUUCCAUGCUGGGAACGGUUAGACGAUUCAGAAUGAAUCCAAUGGAACACAAACAUGCACCUAUGGUGGCUGGGGGCUCUUCAAUUUAUUCUGAAAAUCAACAAUCGAAGCUGUCAGUUGGACGCUCUUUAUAAAUACCGCGACCAGAAAAGAAUGCGUCCCUUUGCUCCCUUUUUUCCUCUUCAUUUGCAGAAUCUCACGUCCGGCAAUUUCUAAAACAGCUAUCCUCUGUCGAUUCUGGAUUCGGUUGUCCUCGUUAUCGCAGGGCUCUGCCGAGUUUUCCUUGUGCCCUUUUUCUUCGCCGCAAUUUUAUUAUGGCACCUCGAACGGCUGUUUAUGCAAAGCGAAAUGGCACGUCUCAAAGAGACUCAGCCAGAGAUAUCGCACCAAGAGAGGUUCAAGCUGGCAACCACCAACUGGAAAACAGCCCCAGAAAACCCCAAGCCGAGCACCUCGUCAUGAUACUCCAUCAACCUCAUCCCCUUGGUUCUGUCUGUGAUGCUGUCCUUGUCGUUUCUGCUGUGAUAAAUUUGUGUGACUCCUCUAUCCACCUAAUCCUUCAUAUCAGGCUAAUUUUGAUUACUGGAAUCUACUUUGGUGAUAUUCUUGGGCUUAGGCUUACCCACCGUGCACAAAGACCAGCAUCCAAGGCAGAUCCCGGUACGUGGAGCAUCAGCAGCUUCGCCAAAGAACUCCGCGCCGUUUGCCGAGCGAUCCUUUCUGGCCGUCUUGCAUGGGUACUGGAAAAACCCCAAGAUCCGUCGGGCAAGGUUCGGAGAACAGUUAAAUCUCAUCCAGGGCGGACCCCGUAUUUUGCUCACACCCUGGAUCGUGUGUUUGAUAUGCGUGUAUUACGCAGUUGGCGGUGGGAAAAACGCGUGCCCAUAGCGGAAGUAAGUAUUUGAUUCUAGUAUUACCAAGUUUGCGAAAACAUUUUCUUUCCAUUUUCCUACUACGAUCCUCCCACUCGUAAACUGCGUUGAUAGCUUUGGGUAUUUGCAAUAACAAAGGUCCGGAACGUGAGAAAGACGAGCCCCUGUUUCCC